CUUUAAAAGUUUUAACUGUCAGUCGAAGCGUUACUCAUAAAGAACCCAAAACCAAAAAUAUAACCUAUAUUUCUAGAACGCUUGUAUUUUGCGAAAAUAAAUAAGAAUAGGACAAAAUCGUUUUGUUUAGUCAUAUAAACCAAAUUUUCUUAUAAAAAAACACGGCUUUUAGUCAAAAUGCUGCCGCUGUCGCUACUUAGAACUGCACAAAACCAUCCUAUGUUAGUAGAGUUGAAAAAUGGCGAAACUUAUAACGGGCAUCUUGUUAGUUGUGAUAAUUGGAUGAAUAUCAACCUUAGGGAAGUUAUCUGCACAUCACGAGACGGAGACAAGUUCUGGAGGAUGCCCGAAUGCUACAUCAGGGGCAGUACUAUUAAAUAUCUUAGGAUACCGGAUGAAGUAAUCGACAUGGUCAAAGAGGAAACGCAGGUGAAAGCGAGAGGACGUGGCGAGAUGAACAAAGGUCGUGGUGGGCAGAACAUGCGGACGGGUCGCGGCGGCAGCCGGGGCGCCUUCGGUAACCGCGGCCGCCCCGCUCCGCUCUCCCGGGGCGGAGGCAACACGGGUCGGAAUCCACAGAAUAAGAAGAAAUAGUCCCUCCUAGAUCCCUUUGUAUGAUUAUGUACCUACUUUAAUAAAUUAAGACUUUGUUAAGUGA